AUGGGGGACCCUAUCCAGCCCUCCUUCUCUUUCAAGAGAACCUCAAUGGAUAUCCAAGGUGAGACCACCAGCGCGGCCGCCACCGUUUACGGCGAGGACACCCACUCGAAAAGUACCAGCGAGGCCAGCAGCAUGAAAGGUCAAACGAAAAACACUGGCAAUGACUGGAGCCUGCUCUCCCGCGUGCAAGAGCAGCACCAACGCGAUUUGGCGUCGGGCUUCAAACGACAGGAACUAGGUGUUACCUGGCAGAACCUAAAUGUGGACGUCAUCUCUGCUGAAGCCGCCGUCAACGAGAACGUUCUCUCGCAGUUCAACAUCCCAAAGCACAUCAAAGAAUCCCGCAACAAAGCGCCCCUCCGUACGAUCCUGCGCAACAGUCAUGGCUGCGUUAAGCCCGGUGAGAUGCUCCUCGUCCUGGGCCGCCCCGGCUCCGGCUGCACGACCCUCCUCAAGAUGCUGUCCAAUCGAACGGGCGGAUACAAGUCCGUGGAAGGUGACAUCCGUUUUGGUUCCAUGACCUCGGCUGAGGCACGCAAUUAUCGUGGCCAGAUUGUCAUGAACACCGAGGAGGAACUGUUCUUCCCUGCCCUUACCGUCGGCGAGACGAUGGACUUUGCGACUCGCCUCAAGGUCCCCUUCAAGCUGCCCGACGGUGUCGAUUCCGCCGAAGACUACGCUGAGGAGUCCAAGAAGUUCCUCAUGGAGGCGAUGGGUAUUUCGCACACGGGGGACACAAAAGUAGGCAACGAGUACGUCCGUGGUGUCUCGGGUGGUGAACGCAAGCGUGUGUCCAUCAUCGAGUGCCUUGCCACUCGUGGUUCCGUCUUCUGCUGGGACAACAGUACUCGUGGCCUGGAUGCUAGUACCGCUUUGGAGUGGACCAAGGCCAUCCGUGCGAUGACCGACACCAUGGGUCUCUCCACCAUCGUCACCCUCUACCAGGCCGGUAAUGGAAUUUACGAUCUCUUCGACAAGGUCCUGGUUCUCGACGAAGGAGAACAAGUCUACUACGGAUCUCGCGAGGAGGCUCGUCCUUUCAUGGAGAAGGCUGGUUUCAUUUGUCGGGAGGGAUCCAACGUCGCCGAUUUCCUGACUGGUGUGACUGUCCCGACUGAGCGCCGCAUUCGUGAUGGAUAUGAAAACCGCUUCCCUCGAAACAAGGAGGCCCUUCGCGAGGAAUAUGAAAAGUCCCCGGUUUACACCAAGAUGAUUUCCGAGUACGAUUAUCCGACUUCUGACCUCGCCAUUCAACGCACUCAGGAGUUUAAAGAGGGUGUCGCCUUGGAGACUUCCAACCAGCUUCCCAAGAAAAGCCCUCUGACUGUCAGCUUCACUGAGCAAGUCAAGGCCUGUGUCGCCCGUCAGUACCAAAUUAUUUGGGGUGACAAAGCGUCCUUUAUCAUCAAGCAAGUCGCGACCUUGAUGCAGGCUCUGAUUGCCGGUUCUCUGUUCUACAAUGCCCCUAACAACUCGGGUGGACUUUUCGUCAAGUCCGGUGCUCUUUUCUUCUCUCUCCUGUACAACAGUCUGCUGGCCAUGUCCGAAGUGACCGACUCAUUCCACGGCCGCCCUGUCUUGAUCAAGCACAAAGGCUUCGCUAUGUUCCACCCUGCCGCUUUCUGCAUUGCUCAAAUCACUGCCGAUAUUCCCGUUCUGCUGUUCCAGAUCAGCAUGUUCUCGCUUGUGGUGUACUUCAUGGUGGGCUUGACCAUGUCUGCUGGAGCGUUCUUCACCUACUGGGUGAUGGUUUUCGCUACCACAAUGUGCAUGACUGCUUUGUUCCGUGCAAUCGGUGCCCUCUUCAGCACCUUCGAUGGUGCCUCGAAAGUCUCCGGAUUCCUGAUUUCUGCCCUCAUCAUGUACACCGGUUAUAUGAUUCAAAAGCCGCAGAUGCACCCCUGGCUCGGCUGGAUUUUCUGGAUCGACCCGCUCGCCUACGGCUUCGAAGCUCUGCUCUCCAACGAAUUCUUCCAGAAGACGAUCCCUUGCGUCGGCACCAACUUGAUCCCCAUGGGGCCCGGUUAUGAGGACACCGUGCAUGCCGCCUGCGCUGGUGUCGGUGGAGCCCAGCGAGGAGCUACAUUCGUGACCGGCGAUCAGUACCUUAGCUCCCUUUCUUACAGCCACUCCCACCUCUGGCGAAACUUUGGUAUUAACUGGGCCUGGUGGGCUCUGUUUGUUGCUGUCACCAUCAUAGCUACUUCUCGCUGGCAGUCUCCCUCUGAGUCUGGAAGCUGCCUUGUCAUUCCCCGCGAGCGACUUGAUCGACACCGCCAGAAUGCCGGCCACGACGAAGAGUCUCAGGUCCAGGAGAAGACCAAGACUCCUGUUGAGUGCGGCGCCCAGACUGAGGAGGAAAUUGACAAGCAGCUUGUUCGCAAUACCUCCAUCUUCACCUGGAAGGACCUGACCUACACCGUCAAGACCCCAUCCGGUGACCGUGUCCUUCUCGACAAUGUCUACGGUUGGGUCAAGCCCGGUAUGCUGGGAGCCCUGAUGGGUUCUUCUGGUGCUGGAAAGACCACUCUCCUCGAUGUCCUAGCUCAACGCAAGACCGAGGGUACCAUCCGUGGCUCGAUCCUCGUUGAUGGUCGCGAGCUUCCUGUUUCUUUCCAGCGCUCGGCCGGAUACUGUGAGCAGCUUGAUGUUCUUGAGCCUCAGGCGACCGUUCGUGAGUCCCUGGAGUUCUCUGCUCUGAUGCGCCAGUCUCGGGAGACCCCACGGGAGGAGAAGCUGCAAUAUGUCAACACUAUCAUCGAUCUUCUUGAGCUCCACGACAUCGCCGAUACCAUGAUUGGCCAAGUCGGUGCUGGCCUCAGCGUUGAGCAGCGCAAGCGUGUCACCAUCGGUGUCGAGCUGGUCUCCAAGCCUAGCAUUCUGAUCUUCCUGGACGAGCCGACAUCUGGUCUUGACGGACAAUCCGCCUACAAUACCGUUCGCUUCCUGCGCAAGCUAGCCGACGUCGGCCAAGCUGUUCUUGUUACCAUCCACCAGCCUUCUGCACAGCUGUUCGCCGAGUUCGAUACCUUACUUUUGCUCGCUAAGGGCGGCAAGACUGUGUACUUCGGAGAGAUCGGCGAUAAUGGAAACACGGUCAAGAAUUACUUCUCUCGCUACGAUGCUCCAUGCCCUCCCAACACCAACCCUGCAGAGCACAUGAUCGAUGUCGUUUCUGGACACCUCAGCCAGGGUCGGGAUUGGAACGAUGUCUGGCUCAAGUCCCCGGAACAUGAGAGGGCUUCCAAGGAGCUGGACGACAUCAUCACUACUGCUGCCGCAAACCCUCCCGGUACAUUUGAUGAUGGUCGCGAGUUUGCUACAUCGCUCUGGGAACAGAUCAAGUUGGUGACUCUCCGCAUGAGCCUUGCCCUCUACCGCAACACGGAUUAUGUCAACAAUAAGUUCGCUCUCCACAUUGGCUCUGCUCUUUUCAACGGUUUCUCUUUCUGGAUGAUCGGCGACAGUGUGGGCAGCAUGCAGCUUCGCCUCUUCACAAUCUUCAACUUCAUCUUCGUCGCCCCCGGUGUGAUCAACCAGCUGCAGCCCCUGUUCCUGGAGCGCCGUGCCAUCUACGAGCAGCGCGAGAAGAAGUCCAAGAUGUACUCUUGGGUUGCCUUUGUGACCGCUCUGGUUGUCUCCGAAAUCCCUUACCUCUGCAUCUGCGCUGUGUUGUAUUAUGUCUGCUGGUAUUACACCGUCGGCUUCCCCAAUGUCUCCGAAAAGGCCGGCCCAACCUUCCUGAUCAUGCUUCUGUACGAGUUCGUCUACACCGGUAUCGGUCAGUUCGUCGCCGCUUACGCCCCCAACGCCACCUUCGCUGCCCUAAUCAACCCCCUCAUCAUCGGUACCCUCGUCUCCUUCUGCGGUGUUCUCGUGCCUUACUCGCAGAUCCAGGCCUUCUGGCGCUACUGGAUCUACUGGCUGAACCCCUUCAACUACCUGAUGGGCGGCAUGCUUGUCUUCCCAGUAUGGGACACCGAGGUGAACUGCAAGGAAAGCGAGUUCGCCAUCUUCGACCCACCCAACGGAAGUACCUGCGGCGCAUACCUGAAGACCUACAUGAGCACCAUCGGCGCCCACAUGAACCUGGUCAACCCGGAGGCUACGGAGAGCUGCCGUGUCUGCGAGUACCGCACCGGCGCCGACUAUCUCAAGACCAUCAACCUGAAGGAGUAUUACUACGGUUGGAGAGAUAUCGGUAUUGUGGCUAUCUUCGCCAUCAGCUCGUAUGCUUUGGUUUUCCUGCUCAUGAAGCUUCGGACGAAGGCUUCAAAGAAGGCUGAGUAG